AUGCCCUUUGGCUUGACUAAUGCUCCUGCAAGUUUUCAAGCCUUGAUGAAUGAUGUCUUCCAGCCUUAUUUGAGGAAAUGUAUCUUGGUGUUUUUUGAUGACAUAUUGAUAUACAGUCCAGAUGAGGAAACACACAUUCAACACCUGAAUCUCACACUAGAUCUCUUGCAGCAACACUCCUUGUUUGCUAAAGAGAGUAAAUGCUCUUUUGGGCAGAAACAGGUAGAAUACCUAGGUCGCAUCAUCUCUGGAGAAGGAGUAUUAGCUGAUACUUCCAAGGUUGAGUGUAUGCAAAGAUGGACAACUCCUACAACACUGAAGGACUUGAGGGGUUUCAUAGGACUCACUGGAUAUUUUAGGAAGUUUUUUCAAAAUUAUGGACUGCUCUGCAAACCAUUGACUGAUUUGCUGAAGAAGAAUAACUUCCAAUGGUCUGCCACAGCACAAUCAACAUUUGAUCUUCUCAAAAAGGACAUGGCAACUACACUAGUUUUGGCACUUCCUGACUUCAACAAACCCUUUUAA